AUGGAUGUGCGGUCGAAGAAUCGUCGGGUCAGCAUGCUCAGCGCGACGCGGAAGAACUUCGCCGAGGUGGAGCGCAUCGUACGGUCGCUGACAGCGGAUAGGUUAGCGGCCGCCAGGGCGGAGCUGGAGACGUCGGGCAAGACUACCGACGAUGGCGUCAAGGAGCUUCUAAGAUGCCUUUCGCUGUACGGCUAUCGGCAGCCCAUGUCGAGGGAGCUCCGUCUGAGCAUGCGGCGCAAGAUCCAGUCACUCAUCUUAUGUCGUGGCGUGCCUGCAAUCUGGUUCACGCUCAACCCGAACGACAUCACGAACCCGGUGAAGCUGAGACUGGCGGCAUACCGCACACGUGAUCCCGCAGCGGCCGAGGCAUUCCUGCAAGGCCUCGACAAGGCGUUCAAACGUGCGCGGCUGGCCAUCUCGGACCCGUUAAGCUCGGCCGAAUUCUUCCACCGAGAAAUGACGUUGUUCUUCGAACAUUACGUGAGAGUGGGCGAGGAGUCGGUGUUCGGGCGCAUCAGCCACUAUUACGGUGCCGUCGAGACCAACGAGCGUGGAGCGCUCCAUGUUCACGGACUGCUCUGGCUGCAGGGCAACGUGCAUCUAAGCUCGAUGCUUGCCGAUAUCGACGGCGAGGAUCAAGCGGCAUACCGAGAACGCAUCGUCAGAUACGUCGACAGUGUCUUUUCCGAGGAUCUGGACCAGGAAGGCUUCUGCGCAAUGCAGGCCGAGCGAUCGGUGACGUCAGAUAUAUCGCAAUUUCUGGGCGACGAACGGCAAUUUUCAGCCUCGUUCGACGAGGAAGCGAACUUCUGUGCCGGCGCGACGCAGAUCCAUACCCACAGCCCGACCUGCGUCAAGUACUCGCUGGGCAAAGGGGGGCGCAAGGGCGAUUUAUGUCGUUUCAAGGCGCCGUGGGGACUGGUCGACGAGACGGCCUUCACGGGAGACGGCGUGCUGCGGAUUCGGAGGUCGCACAGCAUGGUGAAUCGGUGGAACAAGGCCAUUGCCGUGGGCUUCGCCACAACCAUGACAUAUCUUUCAUCGCCACACAGCGUGGAGGACCCUGUAUGGAAGCGCGUCGCCGCCGCCGCGGAUCUCUUGCCUCCCAGGGCAGGUGACGGAAUGGCCGACGGCGCGGAGGUUCGUGGAGACAGUGGUGCCGGUGACGAUGGCAGGCAGAAUAAGACACGGCAGUUCCUGAUGAAGGUGGCGAAUCGCGUGUUUACGGAGAGGCCGUUAUCUGCUUGGGCGUUCCUGAACGUAUCGUUGCUCUACUGGCAAGUCUUCCGACAAUGGCCGCACCUUCGACGAGAAAGCGGCGCAGCCGUUGCAGAUGGCUCUGUGGACGAGUCAAUACUCGUCGAAGAAGCAGGCCAGAGGAUUUGCCGUGUCGAGGCAUACCGUCAUCGGGGAGACGUCCUUCGAGGGCUGUGUCUCUACGACUACGUUUCGCUGGUCAGGCUGAAGCGCAACGAAAGGGACGAGGGGCCCGCCGGCUGGGGGGAGGUCCCGUUCGAGAGCGGCUGGGCUCCGGGAGGCCGUUGGGCGCAGGUGCUCAGGCGACCGGGCAAGCAGGCCACGGUCUGCCUCGACGGGUAUUUGAGCAAGGAUUUCGACGAAGACGACGAAGGGUCGUGCUACCGAAGAGCGGCUGUGCAGCAUCUUGCGCUGUUCUUGCUGCGACGGUCGGCCGAAGAUGCAAAGCGGGACGCACGGCAGUGGGCGGCCUCGUCCGGUGACGGCGACCCCACGGCAGUACGUCCGGACGAGGACGGCACCGGGGAGGUGGGUGUCGAGCCCGGAUCGGGAUACCAGGCCGACAGUGCGGGAAGCACGAAUCGCCUAAUCGACGUUGUCAGAAGCUCGAUCGGGCCGAACCAAAUCACGGCCGGCUCGCCGGAGCUCACGGCGAUGAUGCAGGAGCUCAGCCGAUUUCAGCAAUCGGCGCUGUCCUCUUCUUCCGAGGUCCAGGCCACAAUACUACCCGAACGGGGCCCAAGACGAAUCAACAUCCCGGGCGGGCAUUCUCCGGAGCCACCAUACCGCCGCAAAGUGAGCCUGUCCACGGCACCGGUGACUGGUCGCCGCGCGGCGAUGACGGCAGCGGAGCUCGAGGAAGGAGUAGCGGGGGCCAGCGCGGGAAUGGAGAUCCGGUUCGGUGCCUCAACCUCCUUCCUCGAGGCGGGCAAGGCCCUGGCAGCGCGGCUCACGCUAAACAAGAAGCAGGCGAUCGCCUUCCUAAUUAUAUGCCGCCAGCUUGACCUGAUACGGCGCGGGGAGAAAAGCAACGUACGCCAGCUGUGCCAGUUCGUCGGUGGAGAGGGCGGAACGGGCAAGUCACGAGUCAUCGAGGCGCUCGUCGAGCUCUUCGCGUCCAAGGAUCAAUCGAAUCGUCUGAUGAUAACGGCGACGUCGGGGACGGCAGCAGCGCGGAUCAACGGCAUUACGAUCCACUCCGCCUGCGGGUUCUCGAAAGAUCUCGCGGCAGCCGCAAACGCGGCCAAGGAUCUCGACGGGGUGCGACUGCCGAAACAGGCGGAGCGGUUCGUCGACGGGCAAUCCCGGAUGGACUGGCAGGAGAAGGACGUGCUCGUCAUCGACGAGGUGAGCAUGCUCGGGGCGCGGACGCUACACGCGGUGAACGAGCAGCUCUGCCGGCUGCGCGGGUCGCACCAGGAUUUUGGAGGUAUUCCGAUCGUCCUCUUCUGCGGAGACUUCCACCAAUUCCGCCCCGUCCAAGAACGCUCGAUCCUCCUCCCCAGCACCGCCGUCUCGUGGGACGUAGACAGCUCCUUCAAGGCCGAGACACGGCACCAGCACGACAAGGCGCACGCGUUGUGGAAGAGAUUCACGACCACGGUCAUGCUGGACGAGCAGGUGCGCGCCGCGGGAGAUCCGGAAUUGCAGAGGCUGCUAAGGCGGAUUCGACUGGGCGUGCAGGACCGCUCGGAUCUGGACCUCCUCAACUCAAGAUGCUACCGGGAAGGCAGGCGGAUCCCGUGGGAGACGUGCAUCACCGUGGUGACGCCGCUGAACAGGAACCGGUGGAACCUCAACAUGGAGGCCAGCUUGGCGUUCCGGGCCCAGCAGCGGUCAGUGAUGCGCAUCUUCAUCUCGGAUCAUACGUGGAAGGAGGCCCUGCCGACGGAGGAAGAGGCCAUCAUGAUGCUGAACCAGGGCGACGACAGCGCGAUCCCGGUGCCGGCCGUCUUCAUGUUCGUGCCGGGGAUGCCGGUCGUCGUGAACCAUAACACCCAUCAGGGGCUAAAGCUGGUGAACGGCGCCGGCUACACGGCGCUGGAGGUCGUCCUCGACAAGUCGUACCCGGGGCAUCGUAUCACGGCAGACACGACGUGCCAGCGAAAGAGGCCGUGGCAGCAGAACGACGUCAGCCGAAAGGGCCUGCCCUGUACGGCAGCCUUCGCGUGCACAGACUAUAAAGUGCAGGGCAGGACGCUCGAGCGUGUAGCUCUGGAGCUGCGGGGAACGCGGACGUCAAACAUCGACGGACGCGCCGUGUCCUCGCAGUGCGACCCGUACAGCCUGUACGUGCAGCUGUCUCGCUGCCCGACGCUGGACGGCAUUAUGCUGGUCUCGAAAUUGCGGGAGAGGGACCUGGUGGGCAACAAGGUGCCAGACGAGAUGACAGACGCAGAAGCGAGGCUGGGCCAGCUGAGCGACAAGACUGUCCGCGAGGCCUCGGGAUGGCUAGACGUUGAUUCCCUGGACUCUAAAGGCACGGGCCUGGACGUGUAG